AUGAAUUUUACAGUAGCUCUUAAAAAAAUUGUUGAGAAAGAAAACGUUGAAGGUGUGAUUUUAGUAGAUGAUAAUGGACUUUGUCUGGGAUCUUAUGGAAAGGUGAAUGAGGAAUAUGCAAACAAGUGUAUUAAAUUUGUAGAUUUAGAGUUACAAACCAAAAUGUUUGCUGCAGUGAUGAGUAAAAAACAAAAGGUACUUUUGCAUAGGGAUUUGGGUAUUACGACGGUUUUGUUUAUGACACGUUGA